UCUUUUUUUAUUUUUUUCCGCCGAGAAAAACCAUAUAAAUCGUAGCCGUUGCAUUGUGCCUCCCAAUUUAUCCUCCUGAACCCCCAUCUGGAGGGAGAUAGAUAGAGCAAAGGAAGAGUGAGAACCUUGGAAACCCUAGCUAUGGAGAAAGAGAGAUCGAGCAAACGCCACCGCGAAGAUCGAGACAAAGAACACCACAAGCAUCGCAGCCGUGACGCCGAUGAAAAGCGAUCAUCAAAGGACUCCGAUAACCAUCGCCACCACCAUCGAUCGGACCGCGAUUCCAAGCGCGAGCGCUCUCACGAGCCCCGAGACCACAAAUCUCGUCGCGAAAGGUCACGCGAGCCGAGCGACGACCGCGAUAUAGCACGUGACCAGCGGGAGCGGUCCUACGAGCCGAGGGGCGAGAGAGAGGGGAGCCGAGAGAGGUCCAGGCAUCGCGAAACGAAGCGCGAGAGGUCGGAAGAGAGAGAGGAAUAUAGACGUAAGAGGAAAGAGAGGGAGAGGAGUGAGGGUAGAGAUGGGGAUGUUGUUGAUUUGGACGAUAAGAAGAGGGUUAGGGUUUCGGAGGAGGAGAGGAAAGAUAGGAAGCGAUUUGAGGAAGAUGGGAAGGAAGUGAAUGGAGGUCAGAGACAGAGUAGGAGGUUUGAAGACCGUCGAGUAAAGGAAGAAGAGGAUGGUGAUUAUGUUGGAGUCGUUGAACGCAGCAAUGAAUUGAAUGUGAAUGCAAGUGAGGUUAAGAAAGAGGAAGUGAGUGAUGACGAGCUUGGUAAUUUUCAGGGCGACACCACCACCCCAAAUGGGAGUGGUUGGGUGGGUAAUGGUGCUGCUCUGGAACCUACUAACGCAUCAAGGAUUGUGCCUGAGACCUCUUUCGCUCCUAGUCAUCCCCUUCCUACCAAGGUAUCUUCGAUUUAUACCACAAAUGAAAAUAAGGGAGUUAGUAUUACCAGAUCUCAUGAGGUUCAUGGAAAAUCUAGUACAGAUGGAGCAUCUUCAACUGCUGGGAGAAGUGGGAAUCUGUCUCUUGAUGAUGUAGAAAAAAUUAAGAAAGCUUUACAAAAGCAGAAGGAAUUGACUGAGAAGCUGAAGAAGAUUCCCCAGUUGAACAAGGGUGCCAAUGCAAGAAAAGAUGCUAGCCAGAACUUGGGAUCGAAGGAGCUGAAACCACCAUCUGUCACUGCUGGAAUACUGCAUGCACCGGCCCCAUCAGGGAUAAGAUUUGAUUCAUCAAAACUACCCAUUGCACCAGCAGCUUCAUCUACAAGUGGCAUGAUUGCAGAAGCUGGCCUUACAGCUGUUCCCAACCUUGAAGCUGUUAAAAAAGCACAGGAGCUUGCUGCCAGUAUGGGGUUUCGCCAGGACCCCCAGUUUGCUCCUCUUAUAAACUUGUUUCCAGGACAGGUGGCAACUGAUGUUGCUGCCCCUCAGAAGCCUACUAAGGCCCCUGUUCUUCGUCUUGAUGCCCUUGGAAGGGAAAUAGAUGAACUUGGAAAUUUAGUGAAUGCGACUAAACCAAACAACCUCAGCACUCUAAAGGUCAAUAUUAACAAACAGAAGAAAGACGCAUUCCAAAUUCUUAAACCUGAAUUGGAUGUGGAUCCUGAAUCAAAUCCCUUUUUUGAUCCAAUGAUGGGUAUUAAUAAAACCAAGAUUUUGAGGCCAAAGAGGAUGAAUUUCCAGUUUGUAGAGGAAGGAAAAUGGUCAAGAGAUGCUGAGCAUAUAAAGUUGAAGAGUAAAUUUGGAGAAGCACAAGCCAAAGAGCAAAAGGCGAAGCAGGCACAGUUGGCAAAGGCAAAGGCGGCACCAGAUAUUAAUCCAAAUUUGAUAGAGGUGUCAGAGAGAGUUAUCACCAAAGAAAAACCAAAGGAACCAAUUCCUGAAAUUGAGUGGUGGGAUGUGCCCUUAUUGCACUCUGGUACUUAUAAUGAAGUCAUUGAUGGCGCAGUAGUGGAAAAUAAAUUAAAGAUGGAGAAAAUCACUAUCUAUGUUGAACAUCCUCAACCUAUCGAGCCCCCUACCGAGCCAGCUCCUCCACCACCUCAACCACUGAAGUUGACCAAGAAGGAGCAGAAAAAACUCCGUACACAGAAACGCCUGGCCAGAGAGAAAGAUAGGCAGGAGAUGAUUAGACAAGGCCUGAUCGAACCCCCGAAGCCAAAAGUUAAAAUGAGUAAUUUGAUGAAAGUUCUUGGCUCUGAAGCAACCCAAGAUCCAACCAGGCUUGAAAAGGAGAUUCGGAGUGCAGCUGCAGAGCGUGAACAAGCUCAUAUAGACAGGAAUAUUGCACGAAAGCUCACUCCUGCCGAGCGCCGUGAGAAGAAAGAAAGGAAGCUUUUUGAUGACCCAAAUAAUGUGGAGACCAUAGUCUCAGUUUACAGGAUCAAUGAAUUGUCACAUCCAAAGGCCCGCUUCAAGAUUGAUGUUAAUGCACGAGAGAACCGGCUGACUGGAUCAGCUGUGAUCUCAGAUGGUAUGAAUGUAGUGGUUGUUGAAGGUGGCAGCAAAUCUAUUAAGAGGUAUGCUAAGGUUAUGCUUAGGCGCAUAAACUGGGCUGAAGCUGUAAAAGAUGAAGAAGAAGAAGAUGACGAUGUAAACAAUGAUAAGCCUGCUAACAAGUGUGUGUUAGUAUGGCAAGGAAGUGUUGCCAGACCGAGCUUCAAUAGAUUUUCUGUUCACGAGUGCAUGACUGAAGCUGCUGCCCGGAAGAUUUUUGCUGAUGCUGGCGUUGCUCAUUAUUGGGAUCUUGCGGUCAAUUUUGCGGAUGAUGAGUAGUAAUUGGAGACUGCUUC